AUGAAAAGCAGUGAGCAACAAAAAGGCCCCAUUGUGGGUACUACACCUGUAUGUUCACCAGUCCUGGAGUCAUCACGUGUCUCCUCUGGUCCUUGCAAGGGCCACCAAAAUGUUGGCCUAAAACAAACUGAGUGUGAGAUAUUUCGCAAGCAAAGAUGUUUAUUCGGGAUCAGUAACGAAUUGCAAUUUGGAUUCCGCAGCCAUGAGAUUCAUUCUCCUGCUGGUUGUAAUGCGAAUGAAUUUCAGUGUCACCCUGAUGGAAACUGCAUCCCUGAUGUGUGGCACUGUGAUGGGGAAAAAGAUUGUGAAGAUGGUAGUGAUGAAAAAGGCUGCAAUGGUACCUUAAGAUUGUGUGACCACAAAACCAAGUUUUCCUGUCGGAGUACAGGGAGAUGCAUCAGCAAAGCCUGGGUCUGUGAUGGAGAUAUUGAUUGCGAAGAUCAAUCAGAUGAAGAUGAUUGUGACAAUUUCUUGUGUGGACCACCCAAGUACCCUUGUGCUAAUGACACCUCAGUCUGCCUGCAGCCAGAGAAACUCUGCAAUGGGAGACGGGAUUGUCCCGACGGGUCUGAUGAAGGCGACCUCUGUGAUGAAUGUUCACUGAACAAUGGAGGCUGUAGCAACCACUGUUCUGUAAUUCCUGGAAGAGGAAUUGUCUGUUCCUGCCCUGAAGGACUUCGACUUGGCAGAGACAAUAAAACGUGUGAAAUUGUAGAUUAUUGUAGCAAUCAUCUAAAGUGCAGUCAAGUGUGUGAACAGCACAAGCAGAUAGUCAAGUGCUCAUGUUAUGAAGGGUGGACCCUGGAUGUGGAUGGUGAAAGUUGCACAAGUGUUGGUGUCACUGCUAUUGAAGUGGUUGUGGAACAUGGCCUGGCUACCCCAGAAGGGCUGACUGUUGACUGGAUAGCAGGCAACAUAUACUGGAUAGACAGCAAUCUGGACCAAAUCGAAGUGGCCAAACUAGACGGGUCGUUAAGAACUACACUCAUCGCGGGAGCUAUGGAGCACCCCAGGGCCAUUGCUGUGGACCCACGAUUUGGAAUUCUUUUCUGGACAGAUUGGGACGCCAAUUUUCCUCGCAUUGAAUCGGCCUCCAUGAGUGGAGCUGGGAGGAAAACCAUCUACAAAGACAUGAAAACUGGGGCUUGGCCUAAUGGACUCACUGUGGACCACUUUGAAAAAAGGAUAGUUUGGACAGAUGCCAGGUCAGAUGCCAUUUAUUCAGCCCUCUAUGAUGGAACAAGCAUGAUAGAAAUUAUCCGAGGUCAUGAAUACCUUUCUCAUCCCUUUGCUGUGUCUCUAUACGGGAGUGAUGUUUAUUGGACGGACUGGAGGACCAACACGCUGUCAAAAGCCAACAAGUGGACGGGGCAGAAUGUCAGCGUGAUUCAGAAAACCAGUGCGCAGCCGUUUGACCUUCAGAUCUACCAUCCCAGCCGUCAGCCCCAGGCUCCCAAUCCCUGUGCAGCUAAUGAUGGCAGAGGCCCUUGCUCGCACAUGUGUCUGAUCAAUCAUAACAGGAGUGCUGCCUGUGCGUGCCCCCACUUGAUGAAGCUUUCCUCCAACAAGAAGACUUGCUAUGAAAUGAAGAAAUUUCUUCUAUAUGCACGACGUUCUGAAAUCAGAGGGGUGGAUAUUGAUAAUCCAUAUUUUAACUUUAUCACGGCCUUUACAGUCCCUGAUAUUGAUGAUGUUACUGUGAUAGACUUUGAUGCUUCUGAAGAACGUCUAUACUGGACAGACAUUAAGACGCAAACCAUCAAACGGGCUUUUAUUAAUGGAACUGGAUUAGAAACUGUUAUUUCAAGAGAUAUUCAAAGUAUCAGAGGGUUAACCGUGGACUGGGUCUCACGUAAUUUAUACUGGAUUAGCUCAGAAUUUGAUGAAACACAAAUUAAUGUGGCAAGACUAGAUGGCUCCUUGAAAACCUCAAUUAUCCACGGAAUCGAUAAGCCACAGUGUCUAGCAGCUCACCCAGUCAGGGGGAAACUCUACUGGACAGAUGGCAACACAAUUAACAUGGCAAAUAUGGAUGGCAGUAAUAGCAAGAUUCUCUUUCAAAAUCAGAAGGAACCAGUUGGUCUAUCAAUAGACUAUGUGGAAAACAAGCUUUAUUGGAUCAGUUCAGGAAAUGGAACCAUAAAUAGAUGCAACCUGGAUGGCAGUAAUUUAGAAGUAAUAGAGACAAUGAAAGAAGAAUUAACAAAAGCUACAGCCCUAACCAUCAUGGAUAAGAAACUGUGGUGGGCAGACCAAAACUUAGCUCAGCUGGGAACCUGCAGCAAAAGAGACGGAAGAAACCCCACCGUUCUAAGAAAUAAGACUUCUGGGGUUGUUCAUAUGAAAGUGUAUGAUAAAGAAGCUCAGCAAGGCAGCAAUUCCUGCCAACUAAAUAAUGGUGGAUGUUCUCAGCUGUGUUUACCAACAUCUGAAACUACAAGAACUUGUAUGUGUACAGUGGGAUAUUAUCUCCAAAAGAACCGCAUGUCAUGUCGAGGUAUAGAGUCAUUUCUUAUGUAUUCUGUUCAUGAAGGAAUCAGGGGAAUACCUCUGGAACCAAGUGACAAAAUGGAUGCUUUGAUGCCUAUCUCAGGAACUUCAUUUGCUGUGGGAAUAGAUUUCCAUGCAGAUGCUGCUAGUGGAAGAGGCUGUGAGUGUAGGAAAGGAAAGGGUAUAUGGGGACUCCUGCUCAAAUUUGCUGUGAAUUUAAAACUGCUGUAA